AAUCACGGAAUGUAUAUUCUUUCCCUCCCCCUUUAGAGUCCUUGAUGAUUGGGGACGUUCCAACGCCUUCCACCGUCUUUCCCUCUGCAAUUCCCCGUUCUAAAUCAGUCCUCGUCGAGAGGCUCGGACCAGAUCCGCUUGGAAAAGCGGGAAAGGCCCAAGGGCGAACCAAAGCUGGGGCCUGUUGUUCUUUAUUGCCUCGAAGCCAACGGAUUGAUGGUUGGCUAUCCCUCAGAGAGUCCUGGUGGCUGUGCUCAUUCAAUGGGAAAUGAAUUUCUCAAGAUCGGCCUUGGCGUUGAGUGGGACCUAAUUUCUGUUUAAAAACAAUUUCCCCUGGUUCUUGGAGGACUCAAGCCAAGAUUAGUCGUCUUUGUAAUCAGCGUCAUUAUCAAGCACCAGUGAGUGGCACACUUCAUGAGUAAUGAGAGCGAUGACCUCAAGAGCCGAGGGUUGACCGCCCUUGAUAAUCGGGACCCAACCUCCACAAUGCUUGUCAAGAUCUCCACUCAGUCGAAGGCACAAAGAACCAUGGAUCUCCGAUGGAAACAAGUGUUGGUGCUAACGGCCUUGGUUUUAGACUUUUCUUGUGUACUGGCUUCGGGGAACAACGAUAUUGAAAAUGCCAAGGCUCUCAAACUUCUGGAUGAGCUUCUUCGGAAUUACGACAGAAGGUCUACGCCUACCAAUAAUUUGGAGAUGGCAACCAACGUGUCUCUGGAGCUCUACGUCGCCAGUCUGGGUUCCAUUAACACCGAAAACAUGGACUAUGUAACGGACACGUAUCUUCGACAAAAAUGGUGGGAUCCUAGAUUGUCGCAUCCCGAGCUGAAAUCUCCGAUGGAUCUGGCGGAUCCCAAAUUAGUACAAGCAAUCUGGAAGCCAGAGGUCUUCUUUCCGAACGCCAAAGAGGCCAAUUUUCAGUUUGUGACCGUGCCCAAUCUCCUCAUCCGGAUUCAUCCCAACGGAGAAAUACUCUACAUUCUCAGGCUAUUGAUGUCUGGAUGGGCUUGUGCACCGCUUUUGUGUUUGCCGCACUUGUGGAAUUCACGAUUGUCAACUUUUGGUUCCGCAAACAAGGCGGAGGAGGGGUCCGCAGAAUGGUGUCCCCUUGUCUUUGCUAUCCUUCUCAAAUCCAUUCCACCCAUGACUCGGUGAGUGUGGAGAAUGGAAAACAUCACAAAAAGGUCGCGGAUUUCGAUUCGGAGAGCUGUUGCCCUUGUGCCCAGGUUCAGCCGAAUUCCCGGAACGUUCACAAUUCGCGCAACCCCCAAACUCACUCAACCUCGUUCAGCACUUUUCCUCCCACGUGUCCACAUCACGCAACUCUCUCCACCACACAGAGUUCCACGGUAGUCUUGGGACAGAAUGGUCGCACUACCACCAUUCAGAGCCCGGAUACUCCGGGGGGCAAUAUGUUUGUGGCGCACAACCCGUUUCUUCAGGAUGAACUGUAUUUUCAGGGUGACCGCCGUACCUCUCGCCUUUUAAUUGGCCAAGGUGCUUUGGUGGGAUCUCAUCCGGCAGAGCGCGUGGACCAGGCCUGCAGAUACUUAUUCCCAUUAGGAUUCUUUGCUUGCAACAUCAUUUACUGGCUUUACUACCUGAACAUAAGCGACGAGGCACCUUCUGGAGGGUUUUAAUGCAUCCAAGUGCAGCCGCCGAAGACGAAUAAUUGCUCCGUUCUGUUAUUGUACACCAUUUGAAUAUCGCUACAACUCCAAGACACGCUUCAAUGACUUGACGAAUGCCAGUGGAACUUGAGCGAGGAGACCCUCGUGGCACUAAGUUUGAAAAUUCGGGGAAAACUUUGAAUGACACACAGAGGAUAUCCAACUUGUAGAGCACUUGUUUCGCAAAAUUUCCGUUCAGAUCCCACCAAAGCCCCGAGUUAGAAUAUGACCGAGAAAUUAGAAUGUAUUUUUUGACAGGCGGAAUGCGUUUUCGGACCAAGUGUAAUUUCGAAACAAUUUUCGAGGGAAAUAUGAGGUUGAUCACAUGCACUCGUAUGACUGAAUCAGAUUCAAUUGUGUACGUAUCUUCUACAGUUUCCAUUUCCGAUGCACACUGACAUUGGUGGGUUAUUCCAUGCCACCAAUAUCAGUUCAGCAUUUUUCUCCAAAUACUCACCAACAAAUAUCGAAUAAUGAUGUUCCUUUUCAAAUAAACUAUCAAUGAGCAUUGA